GUAUGAGUGUGUUUGUAAUUGAUUGUGAAUGUUACAGCAGUAUUUUGUGACUCUUUCAGGUCUUUCUAACAGUAGCUGUUGGGGUGUGACUUACACCUCUACAGAAGUUUGUGCUUUAGUGGGAUCAACAGUAGAUAUUCACUCUUCAUACUCACAUCCCACUGGAUAUACAGUAGAGAAAACAUACUGGGAUUAUCAUAAUUUUCUUCGUGGGGAUUUCAGAGAUCUGCGUGAGGCUGAUAAGUUUGCUGGUCGUGUGGAGUUUGUGGGAAACACACUGAAAAUCAAAGACGUCAACCCAAGUGACACUGGAUUAUAUCAGUUCAGGUUCAUCACUAACACAUCAGAUGAAGUUUCUUGUUCUUCUGGAGUCUAUCUUAUUGUUACAGGUACACGAGUGAGAAGCAGCCCAAGCCCUGUGAUAGAUGGAGAAAAAGUGAUAUUAAGCUGUUUAACCGGAUGCACUCUGGAUAACAAACAUACUUACAUCUGGUAUAAGAAUGGACAACAGGUAACAGAUGGAUUGAGAUUAUUAAACAAGUUGUACCUGGACUCAAUCAACAGUGAGGAGCUACAAGAGUAUUCCUGUACUGUAAGAGGUAACACAACAUCUCAUCAUACAUCUGAUGAAAUUAUAUAA